ACGGAGAAGUAGGCCAUGAUAAUUCACGUGCAUCGUGCGUGCCUAGCGCUUGUUCGGCCACUUCUGGAUGUAGCGUUCCGCCUCCACAAGCCCGGAGGGAAGUACCUUCCCCUUUGGCGCCACUUCCCGUUUCCUCUUCAGCCAGUUUCCUCCCCUUCCACCGCACCCUAACCCCUAAUGCAUGGCCACUCUCUCGUCGUCCACCACCAAAACUCGAACUCUAACCUCCUCCUCCGUCUUCCUCGACUCCUACCGAUCCUCCUCCAACCUCUCCGCUCCCACCGCCCCUUCCCUCGCCUUCGAUCUCCUCUCCCGUGGCUCCCCUCUUCCUCCGAUCCCUCCUGACUUCCCCCACUCUAAGCUCAUCCCCAGUACCCGCUUCAUCGUCGACGGAUUCCGCUCCGCCGGCGAUUUCUCCGUCUCCUACUUCCUCUCCCACUUCCACUCCGACCACUACGCCGGCCUGAGCCCUAGCUGGUCCAAAGGCCUCAUCAUUUGCUCCGAGACCACCGCCCGUCUCGUUGUGGAGAUCCUCAAUGUCCUCCCUUUCUUCGUAGUCUCCCUUUCUCUUGGCGAGACUGCGGAGAUUGAUGGAUGGGAUGUCACAGCGGUCGAUGCGAACCACUGCCCAGGUGCUGUCCAGUUCCUUUUCAAGGCCCACGGAUCAGAGGGACACCGGCCAGAGAGGUAUGUCCACACUGGCGAUUUCCGUUUCUGUGAUUCGAUGAAAUUGGAUCCCACUUUAUGUGAAUUUAUUGGUGCCGAUGCUGUUUUCUUGGAUACAACAUACUGCAAUCCGAAAUAUACGUUUCCUUCUCAGGAGGAAUCAGUGGAGUAUGUGGUGAGCACUAUCAAAAGAAUUAGAGAUCAAAAUAAAGGACCACGGGAGACUAUCCUGUUCCUCAUUGCUACUUAUGUUGUGGGAAAAGAGAAGAUUUUGCUCGAGAUAUCACGCCGGUGUGACUGCUUAUUACAUGUAGAUAGUAGGAAGAUGGGGAUUUUGUCUGUAUUAGGGUUUGGCGACUCUGGGGUUUUUACCGAGGAUAUUUCUGCUAGUAACAUUCAUGUGAUUGGUUGGAACCUACUGGGGGAAACUUGGCCAUACUUCCGACCCAAUUUUGUGAAGAUGAAGGAGCUUAUGACAGAGAGAGGGUAUUCAAAGGCGGUUGGCUUUGUUUCGACUGGGUGGAUGUAUGAAACAAAGAAAGAUGGUUUUGCAGUGAGAAUAAAGGAAUCACUUGAGAUUCAUCUCGUUCCGUACAGUGAACAUUCAAACUAUCAUGAAUUAAGGGAGUAUGUUAGGUUCUUAAGGCCAAAGCGUGUUAUUCCCACUGUGGGCAUGGAUGUUGAGAAACUAGAUGGUAAACAUGCUAUUGCUUUGCAGAAGCAUUUUGCAGGUUUGGUUGAUGAAACAGCAAACAAGCAUGAGUUUCUCAUGGCUUUCCAUCAGAAGCUGGGGGAUGCUGAUACUAUGGCUGGAAAUGAUGUGGUAACUAAUACAAGCAAGCAAGACAGUGCAGAAGGAAAGGAGAAUUCAUAUCUGGAGCCAUUGCAGUCUGGGGAGAGAUCUCACCUCCAAGAUCCAAAUAUGUCAAAUGAUGAAGACAUGGCUGAAGUCAUCAACGAGCUUAAAGAUUGCUUGCCAUCUUGGGUGACUCAGAAUCAGAUUUUAGGUUUGCUGAAAAGCUCAGAUGGAGAUAUUGUUGGAGCAGCUUCACAUUUUUUUGAGCAUGAAACUGAGUUCUAUGAGCAAGCAAAGGUUGUUACUGCUUCAGUACCCAGAAAUCAAAACAGUUGCACUGAAAUUGAAUCUUUUCCUGCUCAGAAAUCUAUUCAAGGGCAUUCCACAUGUGAUUUAAAGGAUUAUUUGGAUAAUGCUAAAACACCAACCAGGCAGAAACCUACAUCAUUGAGUUCUAAUUUGCCCAAGAAAAGGGGUGCAGGUACUGGAAAUAAGCCAAGCAAGAAAGGAAAGUCUAGCUCAGGCUUAGAAUCCAGUGGAUGCAAGCAGACUACAAUCACAAAAUUUUUUGGAAGACUUGAAGCUCAUGCUUCUUAUGGUGAUGGACCUUGUACAGUUACUGCUGAUUAUCAUUUGGAAAAUGGGAAUCAAACACUUACUGAUGCUGAUGAAACAUACAAAAACGAGUUGGAUCUGUUUCUUCAAAUAAUAGAUGGUGGUAUGCAGAGAGACUCUGCUGCCUUAUUACUCGAGAAGACAAAAGGAAACAUUGAUGUAGCAGUCGAUAUGUAUUUCAGUGGUUCUAAGCUUGUAUCUGGUACCAAGGAAAGUUUAUUUUCUUGCAGUGCACAUGUUGACAAGGAUGAGAGCCUUGCUAGUGGUUGUACUUCAAAGGCCAACAUUUCUUUUGAGGCAACAAUAAACUUGCCUACUUUGUUUGUCCAAGGUUCUUCGGCAGAGGACACAACUGUAACUAAUGUAUCAUUACCAAUUGAAAAGUAUUCUCCUGUUGAGUAUGCUUGCUGGAAGGCUGGACAGCCUGCUCCCUACUUGCACCUGGCACGUACAUUUGAUUUGGUGGAACGAGAAAAGGGCAAAAUAAAAACCACUGUGAUGCUUUGCAACAUGUUCAGAAGCUUGCUUUCUUUGUCUCCUGAUGAUGUGCUACCUGCUGUGUACCUAUGCACAAACAGAAUUGCUCCUGACCAUGAAAACAUGGAACUGAACAUUGGUGGCAGUCUGGUCAUAACUGCACUGGAAGAGGCUUGUGGGACAAGCAGGUCUAGAAUUAAAGAAAUGUACAAAACUUCUGGUGAUUUUGGUGAUGUUGCACAAGAGUGCCGGCAGACUCAAUCGUUGCUUGCUCCUCCUUGCCCUCUUUCUAUUCAUAAUUUAUUUUAUGUGCUUCGGAAGAUAAGUGUUACAACCGGAGCUGGAAGUGCUGUUCAAAGAAAAAAUCUUGUCGUAAAUCUUAUGCGUUCUUGUAGAGAAAUGGAAAUAAAGUUUCUAGUUAGAACUUUGGUUCGUAAUUUGCGUAUUGGAGCUAUGAUGAAAACCAUUUUACCAGCACUAGCACAAGCUGUGGUGUUGAACAGCUACACUCCAAUGCAAGACAUAGGGUCCGUGGGGAGCCAAAAAUUGCAGCUUCAGGGCAUAUCUGCAGCUGUUACGGAGGCCUACAAUAUACUUCCAAAUUUGGAUUUGCUUAUUCCUUCACUUUUGAGCAAGGGCAUUGAUUUUUCAGCAUCCACUUUAACAAUGGUGCCAGGCACACCAAUUCAUCCUAUGCUUGCCAGAAUUACCAAUGGUGUUUCACAAGUGCUGAAAUUAUUUCAGGGUCGAUCUUUCACCUGUGAAUACAAAUAUGAUGGUCAACGUGCCCAAAUUCACAAACUAGCAGAUGGAUCUAUACGAGUAUUUUCACGACAAAUGAAAGAAUCAACAUCUAGAUUCCCUGAUUUGAUACAUAUAAUUAAAGAAAUGUAUAAGCCUGAAAUCUCAACUUUCAUACUGGAUGCUGAGGUUGUAGCAGUUGAUAGGAAGAAUGGUUGCAAGCUUAUGUCUUUCCAAGAGCUGUCAUCACGGGAGAGAGGAAGUAAAGAUUCCUCAAUCACAAUGAACAGCAUUAAGGUUGAUAUUUGCAUCUUCAUCUUUGAUAUCAUGUUUUCUAAUGGGGAGCGGCUGUUGGAGUAUCCACUUCGUCAAAGGAGGAAGUGUAUAAAAGAUUUGUUUCACAAUGAAAAGAUGGGCUACCUGGAAUUUGCAAGAGAAAUAACGGUGGAAGCAGAAGAAGCAUUUCUGAGUAAUCAAAACACUCUGACUAAGAUAAACUCAUUUUUUGAAGAUGCAUGUACCUCCUCAUGUGAAGGAAUAAUGGUGAAAACUUUGGAUGUUGAUGCUGGAUAUUUUGCAUCGAAACGUAGUGAGGCCUGGCUAAAAGUGAAACGUGACUAUGUAGAAGGACUAGGUGAUUGUCUUGAUUUAGUACCUAUUGGUGCUUGGCAUGGGAAUGGAAGAAAAGCAGGAUGGUACAGUCCUUGUCUAAUGGCAUGCUACAAUCCUGAUGCUGAAGAAUUUCAAAGUGUGUGUCGUGUGAUGUCAGGUUUCUCAGAUUCUUUCUAUAAAGAGAUGAAGGAAUAUUUCUCUGGUGAAAAGAUUUUGUCCAAGAAGCCACCUUACUAUCAGACAGAUGACUCACCUGAUCUAUGGUUCCCUCCUGAGCUUGUCUGGGAAAUACGGGGCGCAGACCUUACAAUCUCUCCAGUGCACCAUGCUGCUGUUGGCUUAGUUCAUCCAUCUCGAGGUAUCUCGGUGAGACUACCGAGGUAUGUGCGUCCUGUAUUGGACCGAAAGCCAGAAAAUUGCAGCACGUCAGCUGAUAUUGCCUGCAUGUUUAAGUCUCAGACUAGAAGGAUGGAGGUGAGCAAGGAAGACUGAGGUGCUUCCCUUUUUAUGCGGGGGGCUUUUGUGCAGUAGGCUAGCAGCAAUGAUCUGGGAAAACCAUCCAUACGUAAUCAUUUUGCCUGGAUCAUCCUUAGGCUAUGCUUGCACAUGGUGAAUUGGAUUAAAGCAGGAUGCUGCACGUUAAAAAUGGAUUCUGUCCACUUCCUGUAGAUGCGAGGAAUACAAACCAAGAGUAAAAGCCUUGUACCAUCAUGUCGCUCGUGAAAUGCUCUGGUGUGUCAUUUAGGAAUCAAAAGUUGGACUGCCAUCUUUUCUUUAGAGAAGUCUCUCACACUGAGUUACAGGAAAAUUACAACCACCAGUUUAACGCCGUUAAUGAACUGGAAGAGAAAAUCUGACAACCAAUUCACCCGUUGAACGGGCCAUGUUUUCAUAGAAUCAGCAGGCGAGUUUCCCUUUGGUAGAUUGGAGAUGUACGGUGGUGCAGGUUGGUUGUGAAUGAAAAACAGAUUAACAGAUUAGCAUUCCAGCGAUGGUUUAGAGUAUUGCGAGUCUGAAGAUUGUUAGGUAUUUGUAUGCCCUCUGACUCUAUAAGUUUUGGAUGUAAAUUGGAUCCACAAGUAUGGAUGCGGAUCUGGAUGCCAAGUUUUUCUUCUUUUUCUUUUCUUUUUCUUUCUUCCUGGAUUCAGAUCUGGAUAUCCUUAUUAAAGCAGGUUCAUCAGGUCUCGAGCUGGACUCGGAUUAGUGCCGUUCAGUUUGUUUCGGAGACCCUAUCCGCUACACAAA